AUGACAGAUAAAAAAGAUUCAACAAUGACCGGCACUAGUGAAGGAACUAGUAAAUUGGUAGAAAAAUAUCUUAAAGAAAUUGAUGAUGACGAAGAUAGUGCUGAUGAAGAUGAACUUCCAGCAAGUGCUUCAGCUCAAAGUCUUGGUGUUCGUGCUCAAAAGAAAAUUCUUAGUAAACUUUCAUCAAAAUCAGUUGCUAAAGUAUUUAUUGAUGAAACAAGUGGUCGUAUAUUAGACAAUUUACAUAAAUUAACUCGUGGUUAUUCAGGUAAUAAAAAAGAAGCUGACAAAUUACUUCGAUCAAUAAUAAAAACAAUUGUUAAAUUGGGUAUAUUAUAUAAAAAUAAUUUAUUUAAUGAAUUUGAAUUAAAACUAAUUGAUGAAUUUCGUAAUCGUUUUCAUUCAUUAUCAAAAGCUAUUGUUACAUUUUAUGAAGUUGAUUUUACAUUUGAUCGUCUUUUUUUAACACGUAUGUGUAAAGAAUGUCAAGAUUUAACACAUAAAAUAAUAUCAACACAUUUAACACAAAAAUCUCAUGUACGUAUUGAUUAUAUUUAUAAUUAUCUAGGAAAUUUACAAUUUCUUGAUUAUGUUUUUAAUCCAAAUUCAACAACAAAUCGUGUAGUUAUUAAAGAAAUUGUUCAAGAUAUGAAUUCAUUAAUGGAUGCUGGAUUACUUUAA